GCAGCAAUUUUACUCAAGUUGUAGAAAACAAAAUGGGGUGUGGGUACUCUACCUUCUCUGCAUCCGAAGAUAUUGUGUGGAAGUACGGUGGACCAAUUGAUACGCCGAUUAAAGCAAUCAAGGUAUUUCCUAAAAUAGAAAACGGGCUUCUUUUUCGCAUCUUGUACGAUGGUGGAGAUCGCUGGUCCUUUUACAACGACACUAAAGAAUAUGAAUUCCAUAUUCGCUAUUUUUUCAGCUCUGAUAGUUAUAUCGAGGCCUUGCAUAACGCCACCUUAACACUUUUGGAAAAUGGGCAAAAAUUGGUAGAAAUUAUCGUGUACCCUCUUGAGACUGAAGACUUUAUCGCAGGUUGCCCGAUUGGCUAUACAAGCACAAUAGAAGGUAUCCCCUCGUCCAAUCGCUAUAAGUUAGAAAAAAUACGAUCCAAAGCGCACCACCGAAUCUAAGAAAAAGAUAACCAAGGAUCAAAGAAGAAAGUGAAAUUAAAAAAAGAGGUUGUGGAAAGAAAAAAUGCCAAAUUUCAGGCAUGUAGAUAGGCUUUGUGUUUGUCAUAGCUUUUACUAAUUUAUUGGACUUAAGGGCAUACAUUACCUUAUUUGGAAAAUUGUUCAGCAUAUUUAUUUAUUUAAUAAAGAACUCAUUUUUUCCGAGAAGAUUGGUUUGAAUAGGUUAUUUUCCCCUUUACACAUAUUUGUUUGCUAAGAUGUCAAUUUAACCAUGUAUAUCCGUGUAUGCAUACAUAGCAAAACUAAAUCAAUGUAAUAUUCCGCGUUGUACAUUUAUUAAAUUACUUUACUGAUGUCUACGCCUUUUCAUAGUCAAUAUUUUCUUACUUUUUUCACUCUUUUUUUUUUGUAAAGAGUGAUGAUUACUUUUUAUGUUUUGCUUUAACCCUAAAAUGGGAUUAAAAUGUGGUACUUGUUAGCUAUUGACCCUUAAAAACGCUAUCCACUUGUCUGUGUCAUAAUUAAACGAACAUCACUCCCUAUAGGUUUAAGAUUUUAACCGGUUAUAUGAUCACUUAUUUUUUUCAAAAACUUGUUUGCUUUCCUGCUUUUAGAUAUUAAAAUUUGAGUAUUCUAUAUAUGAUUUGCUUUCCCUUAUAAUUACUUCCAGUUAAAUCACUGAGUAUAUUGUGCUCUUCAUUUACAAUGUAAAAUUAAUGUGUGUUAUGAUUCUGUAUAUGGUUUAAAGAGGAGCCCCCUAAUGUUUUCACGUACUUCAGAGCGGCCAAUACAUAUUUAUUCAAGAUUAUCAGAAAUUAUAUGCUUUUUUCUUUUACCGUUUGCUCUUUUGUGGAGAUCUUAA